AUGGAAUACUUCAGCUUGAAGCGCUCCACUGCUACGGACAAAGGAGGGACCAACCUCUCAAGCAAGGUUUAUGUGCGCUCGACAAAAAGUGGCAAAGUCCAGAAGAUCGUCCGAGAGCUCUACCUACGAAAGGACAUCCCAUGUUCGUCAAAUCUGUGCAGAGCAUGCCUCGACAUCGCGCCUGUAGACUUCAGCCAAAAAACCACACCUUUUGUGCUCUCCGACACACCCGCUGGAUCAAAAGACUACCCAAAUGGACUUUAUUUAGUACCGGAUACCAAUGCCUUCCUUACUGGAAUGGAUCUUUUCGAAGUGGAGACUGCGUUUCACGACGUCAUUGUAUUGCAGACUGUACUCGAGGAAGUCAAGAACCGCUCAUUACCGCUGUAUCACCGCUUGAUUGCUCUGACGAAACAUGAGAAUAAGCGGUUUUAUGUUUUCUUCAACGAGUUCCGCCAGGAAACCCAUGUCCCGCGAGAGUCGGGAGAGACUAUCAAUGACCGGAAUGAUCGAGCAGUGCGAAGGGCAGUACAGUGGUACAAUGAGCACAUCAACCAGGCUGUCAAGGCGAGAAGCAAGACGCAGACACGCAUCCCGACUGUCGUGAUGAUUACCGAUGACAGGGAUUGUCUACGCAAGGCGAGAGCAGACAAUAUCCCAUCCAGUACUCUCGCUGACUUCGUAUUCGGACUUGAAAAUGCCGAUGAACUACUAGACAUGAUGAGCGCAGCUCAAGAUCAAAGAGAAGUACGGUCGAAGAAGACCGAGCUUUUCUACUCCGAGCACUACACCAUCUCCAAGAUGAUGACGGGUGUAAAAGCGGGCGUCCUGCACCAGGGUAUCUUCAACGUUUCACCGUACAACUACUUGGAAGGCUCCGUGCACGUUCCCGCUUUCGACAAGUCUCUAUUAAUACUAGGACGCGAAAAUGGAAACCGUGCCGUAUCCGGCGAUGUCGUUGUUGUUGAGAUUCUUCCGCAGGAUCAAUGGAAGGCACCGUCUACGAAAAUCAUUGAAGAGGAAACUCUGAAUAAGAACGACAAUCCUGAGGUUGAAGACGGUGAGAACAUUGUUUCUGAAAAGGAACGGAAAGCUUUGCAGGAGGAGGUGAAGCGAGCACAUGGUCAGAGCACCGAGGGCAGGCCACAGCCCACCGCCCGCGUAGUCGGUAUCGUCAAGCGGAACUGGAGACAGUACGUUGGACACAUUGAUCGGGACUCCGUGCGUACCACAUCCAAGUCGAGCAGACAACAGCAAAUGGUAUUCUUGAUACCCAUGGACAAGCGCGUGCCGAAGAUCAGGAUACGCACAAGGCAAGCUGGGGAGCUCCUCGGUCAACGAGUAUUGGCCACAAUCGAUUCGUGGGAUAGGGACUCACGGUAUCCAAUGGGCCACUUCGUUCGAUCACUUGGAGAGCUUGAGUCCAAGGGGGCAGAAACAGAGGCGUUGCUGCUGGAAUGGGACGUACAAUACAAACCUUUCCCGAAGACGGUGCUAGAUUGCCUGCCUGCUGAGGGUCACGACUGGAAAGUGCCGGCGAGCAUGGACGAUCCAGGCUGGAAGGGCCGCAAAGACUUGCGGGAUCUUGUGGUCUGCAGUAUCGACCCUCCAGGCUGUGUAGACAUCGACGAUGCACUCCACGCGCGCCAACUCCCCAACGGCAAUUUCGAAGUCGGUGUUCACAUUGCAGACGUAUCGCACUUCGUCAAGCCUAACAACGCCAUGGAUAAGGAAGCCAGCCAGCGUGGAACAACCGUCUACUUGGUCGACAAGCGAAUAGACAUGUUGCCUAUGCUCCUCGGCACAGACCUCUGCUCAUUAAAACCCUACGUGGAACGCUACGCCUUCUCAGUCAUAUGGGAGGUCACGCCCGAUGCCGAUAUCGUAAAUUCACAUUUCACGAAAUCAGUUAUCCGCUCCCGCGAAGCUUUCUCCUACGAGCAAGCACAGAUUCGCAUCGACGAUGCCACACAGCAAGACGAUCUCACGGCCGGUAUGCGCACCUUGCUCAUGCUCUCCAAGAAGCUCAAGCAAAAGCGGUACGACGCCGGUGCACUAAACCUUGCCUCGCCAGAGGUAAAGGUGCAGACUGAAUCCGAGACGUCCGACCCCGUCGACGUGCAGACCAAACGUCUCCUCGAUACCAACUCGCUAGUUGAGGAGUUCAUGUUGUUAGCCAACAUCAGCGUGGCAGCCAAGAACCACUCGGCCUUCCCCCAAACCGCCCUCCUCCGCCGCCACGGCGCGCCCCCAAAAACCAACUUCGAAGAGCUCUCCAACCAGCUCAAAGUAAAGAAAGGCCUCGAGCUCCGCACCGACAGCUCCAAAGCCCUCGCCGACUCCCUCGACACGUGCGUCCAAGACGGCGAACCCUUCUUCAACACCCUCGUCCGCAUCAUGGCUACCCGCUGCAUGAUGUCCGCAGAGUACUUCUGCGCAGGCACCCAGGCCUACCCUGAGUUCCGGCACUACGGCCUCGCGUCCGAGAUCUACACACAUUUCACGUCCCCCAUCAGACGCUACGCCGACCUCGAAGCCCACCGCCAGCUCGCUGCUGCCAUCGACUACGAGCCGCUCGACGCGUCGCUGCACUCCAAGGCCAAGCUCGAAGGCGUCUGCAAGAACAUCAACGUGCGGCACCGAAACGCGCAGAUGGCGGGCCGCGCUUCGAUCGAGUACUACGUCGGACAGGCGCUCAAGGGCAAGGACAUCACUGAGGAUGGGUUCGUCAUGAAAGUCUUUUCGAACGGGUUCGUUGUGUUUGUGCCGCGGUUUGGCAUCGAGAGCUUGAUACGGUUGCGCGACCUGGCGACGCCGGAGCCGGAGGCGGAGUUCGAUGGGGAGAAUUACGUGUUGAGUGUGAAGGGUGGGGUGGGGAGGGAGGUGGAGCUCUUUCAGAAGGUUAGGGUUAGGAUUACGGAUCAGAUUGAGGAGAGUACGGGGAAGAGGAAGGUUAAGUUGACGCUGGUUUGA